AUGUCCAGUCCUGACGAAGAGAAUCCUUAUGAUCUGCUUGGAAUAGAGGUCUCAGCAACGGAUGGUGAGAUAAAGACAGCCUAUCGUCAACGGUCGCUCAAAGUUCAUCCUGACAGAAAUCGUGGAAACCCCGACGCUGCACGCCAAUUCCAUGUACUCAAUCAAGCGUACGAACUCUUGCUUGACCCCCUUCGACGGCUUGUGCUCGAUGCGAAGCUGCGGCUGAAAGAGGCGCGUAAGACACGUUUCGCCAACUAUGAUACGAAGCGGCGCACAAUGGUCGACGAGUUGGAGGAGCGUGAGCGCGCGUUCAAGAAGGCGAAAGUCGAGCGUGCCGCGGCAGAUCGUGCGCAAGCGCAAGAAACAGAGCGAAUCAAGGAUGAGGGUAGGAAAUUGCGCGAAGAGCGAGAGAAGGCGCUGAAGAGGAUGGAAGAGGAGUCUGAGAGGGCGGCAGAGAAAACGCGCGAAGAACUGGAGCCGCCAUCGUUAGGUGAUCUUGAUACUACCGUUCGCCUCAAAUACCCUCUUGCUACACAUCCAACUCUUACGACGCCUGAUGCCCUCGCUGCCUUCCUCUCACCGUUUGGUGAUGUUGACAAGUCCUCAAUCAUUCUCAGCAUGAAGCCGCCUAAGAAUGCCCCGGAAAAACCUCCCAAGCGUGCAACCGCACUAGUCCCUUUCUUUCGCAUUGGUGACGCAUAUGCGGCGGUUUGUGCGAGCGGGAAGAGGGAGAAUGGGAUGGAAGCUGUCGACCUAGGGUGGGCGGGGACUGAGGAGCCGCCUGUGUUGGGCUGGCUGAGGAAGAAAGGGAAAUUGGGAACAGGGACUGGAAAAGUGGAGCGAAAGGAUGCGGACGCCCCUCCAGUCGAUCGGAGGAGCGACGCGGACAGGACCACAAAUGGAGCUCGAGAUGCGUCACGAGGAUCACUUCCACAACAUUCAGAAUCAAAAUCCACAGGGGCGUACUCAUCAUUUCCCGAGUUCUUCGAUACCCCUCCGCAACCAGGACAGACCCAGCCACCAAAGCCCACAAACCUCGGAUUAGACUACCAAUCCCUCACUCUCAUGCGUCUCCGGCAGGCCGAGCGCGAGCGGCUAGAGCAAGAGAUCCGGGAGCAGGAGUUGAACGACUGACGUGCGCUUGUCAAGAUUGGCUAUUUGUUGUAUCAUUACUAUGUCACGUUAGGACUUUUUUUCUCACCAAGAGCGUAUCCUUCGUUACGAGGUGAGUGCAUCAUUAAUGAUUUUUUAUCUC